GGCCGACCUCCCCGGGCGCAUCCUUACGAUAGGCUGAGGUGCCGCCGAGCCUCAUAGUCUAGCGGGCAUUGCGCAUGCGCAGCUGCUUGUCGGCUCAUUAGUUACUGAGGAGACAGUUGGGUAACAAACCAGAAGCAGCUGGUAGAGCGAGGAGAGAGGAUGGCUAACUACAAGGUGAGCUGACCGACAGCGUUACCCAGUGCGGGGCUGUGACUGGGUUUAUGUGUAUGAUUGUAUUCCAUGUAAACCCAGAUAGUGUGCCAUGUGAGCACUGCCAUAGUGUGUCACAGUGUGUCCAGCUAUACUGUGGGUGCUGCCUUUACUAUGGAGAGGCCCAGGGCUUCCCAUGAAGGCACUGGCAGUAUGUAUAUAUGCUUUAUAAUACACACAAUACAUUGACUGUCAAUAGAAAAUGUUUAUUGCAUUCAUCAUAAUGGAUAUUAUGCCAGCUUUAGGAAAUAAUAAUAUACCUUUUCAUUUAUGAUGGGGUUUUUAAAUAAAAAAAAUUUAAGUGUUGGCUAUAUAAUUUAACUAUUUCUUUGUUCACAUACAUCUGGACAGAGGUCAGCUGGUUGUGAAUUUGUGCAGUUGUUCCCAAGACCAGGGUAUCACAGCAUGCAUAGACAAACCAGGUUUAAAGGACCACUAUAGUGCCAGGAAAACAUACUCGUUUUCCUGGCACUAUAGUGCCCUGAGGGUGCCCCCACCCUCACGGACCCCCUCCCACCGGGCUGGAUGGCGAGAAAAGGGGUUAAAACUUACCUUUCUCCAGCGCCGGGUGGGGAGCUCUCCGCCUCCUUUCCUCCCAUUCGGCUGAGCGCACGCAAUCAGCCGGUUUCAUAGGAAAGCAUUUAUAAUGCUUUCCUAUGGAUGCUUGCGUGUUCUCAUUGUGAUUUUCACAGUGAGAAGCAUGCAAGCGCCUCUAGCGGCUGUCAAUGAGACAGCCACUAGAGGAUUUGGAGGCUGGAUUAACCUAUUUAUAAACAUAGCAGUUUCUCUGAAACUGCUAUGUUUAUAAAAAAAAAAUGGGUUAACCCUAGCUGGAUCUGGCACCCAGACCACUUCAUUAAGCUGAAAUGGUCUGGGUGCCUAGAGUGGUCCUUUAAUUUAUACUCUAGGGGAGUUUUUUUUUUUUUUUUUGCAUGACUGUUAAUUCUGCUGUGGGAUGGGGAAAAUUAUUUAAUAUCAUGGUUCAUUGGACCCACUACAAGCAAAAGGUUGCUCAGGUUUACUCAUCUUGUCCUAUAUAUGCAAAGUUAUCACAGAGCAGGUUGCUCCCAGCUGCUCCAAUUAAGAAUGGGUCAAGUGGUAUUGUGUUCUUAGUAUUUCCAUAUCCAACAGUGCAAUAUAGUGUCCAACCUUUAACCCCUUAAGGACACAACUUCUGAAAUAAAAGGGAAUUGUGACAGAAUAUUUCAGUCAUUUGUCCUUAAGGGGUUAAUACAUUGCUAGGAGAUGCAUAUUCAUAGUUAAUGCUUCGUAAAACCCAAAGCUCUUUGAAGGGGUCAUCUGUAUGUUGAGUUGGAAUAUUGAAAGGAAAAGUUAGUGUGUUUCGCUGUUCCUAGGUUGUUGUUUUGUUGUUGUUGUUUAUUACACUUAUAGGACCACUAAAGUAACCAAACCACUUACCGGUAAUCUCAUUGAAGUGGUCUGAGUGCAGUGGCCCUGUAGUUUUUAACCUGCUAUGUAAAAGGGUCAAACACACCCCAUGUCAUGUGGCCAAAUGCUGUUCAUAGGAAUGCAUUGAAUUCACUGCUUUAAAAUAAAAAAUAUUAUGUUUGUGCUCUCCUUUUUGUUAACCACAUGGGAUGUAAUGCCUCUUGAGUCUUGGUGCUGUAUGUAAAACCUUUAUUUUACUGGGCAACUGCUGGGAAACAAUUCCUGCAAAAGAUCUGAGAGCUCACAUGCAUGAAAUCAUCUGGUUCGAUUUAAUUGUAUGGUAUUCUCGGCUAUGCCAGGCAAGCCAGACCCACAGUGCAAAUUGUAAAAUAAAAUCUGUCUGGAUUAAAAAAAAAAAAAAAAAAUUCUGCAUAUGACCAUUAUGAUUUAAGCUGCUUCCAGCAUAACUAUAUAUAGUUAUAGAUAUCUCUUUGCUUCAGCCAUCAUGUGAAAUGGCAAUGGAAGCUCCGCUCAUUGCCACUUUGUGACAAAAAUCAUGUUGCCCUUAAGACAACAUAGCCCACCCUCCCUCCUAUAUAUCUAUUGGUUGUUUAGGGAUUUCAAUAAGAUGCAAAUAUUGUGUUUUUGUUCCAGGCUGCAGACUCUAAACGCGAACAAUUUAGAAGAUAUCUGGAGAAGGCCGGAGUACUUGAUACGCUUACAAAAGGUACUUUUUAUAUCUCUUCAUUACUGAAUAUGCAUGUCUCACAGGAAGUGCUUCACAUAUUAAAAUGUGUGUUUAAAUGGAAUCUAUAGUGUUAGUAAUACAAAUCUGUAUUCCUAACACUAUAGUGCCCUUUGGUCACAGCCCCCCUCGGGCAUAUAAAGGUUUUAAAAAAAAUAAUAAUACUUUUAGUCACUUAGCCAAUUCCAGCACUGAUGUCCCUCGGCACUGUGUUGCGGCUCUGCCUCGACUGACGUCAUCCGAUGGGGUGGCCUAAUGCAGAUGCUUGGGAGGCGCAUAAAGCCCUCCCUAUAGAAAAGCAUUGCCUCAUUGUUUAAGGUACUAAGAGUGAGUUAGAAUCCCGGAAGUGACGCUAGUGGCCACUGGAGGCAGUCUUAUGUUUUACAUUGUAGUCAAUGUUUUACAUUGUAGGACAGGGACAUGGCACACAGACCACUUCAAUGAGAUGAAUGAGAUAUCUGGGUGCCUAUAGUGUUCCUUUUAAAGAGUUAUUCUAAGAACUCUGUAUGUGUAGUAUUUCAGUAUGAAAAGCUUCACAUACAAAGAUAUUUAUUGAUGCCACCAGGGAUGUAACUCCACAUUCUGUGGUGUCAUUAGCCAGCCUUGAAUAAGAGUUAUAGAAUUCUAUGCACAAAGUGUCAUUCAUUGGUUGAGGUGAUGCUCUCAGACGAAGCAUGAUAAGUAUUUGGUUUCUGUAGCUCUGGUUUGCCCUAUUUCUGUGAAACAGCACCUUUGUACUUCUAUUAUCAUACCAACUGCCUUCCGACUGGUUUCUUGCCUAAACUUGCUUUGGCCAUACCCAUGAUACAAAAAUACAGGUCAACCAUGGGACAGCUACAAAACAAAAUAUUCUUUGAGCCCUAAUCCAAACUAUAUGGACAAAAUUAUUGUGAUGUAUCUCUUAACUAUUGAAUACAAGUGUUUCAGUUAGACCCAAUGUCACAAGUGUACAAAAUUAAAGGGACACUGUAGUCACCAGAACAAUUACAGCUUAUUGCAUAUGUUCUGGUGAGUAGAAUCAUUCCCUUCAGGCUUUUUGCUGUAAAUACUGUCUUUUCAGAGAAAAUGCAGUGUUUACAUGUAACGGAUCACCUGGCACCCCAACUGGGUACCUCCGUUGAACGAUGCUCCUAGCGCUUCCCGAGUACUCAAAGCACUCCACUUGACACCAUAAGCACUACAGACCACACGAACCGCCGCAGCUUGGUUGGGGUCUCACCGUCUCCUUCAGAGAGCGAAGCAGGAAAAAGCUCUUAAAAGAGCUUAGUGAUUAUAGCCAGGGGACUAUACAGCAUAUAGAAAUCCUCAGUUGAGGGUAAAACAGGAACUCAGCAGUCUGAGGGUUUGUCUCUUAUGUACAGGUUUUCCCACAAGGUUACCACCCACGUGGACCUUGUGGAACACAGGAUACAAAGUUACAAAACCAAUCAGGACAGGCUUGUACAGUUAGACACUCCUAGCUAAUGUACACUAGCCCUUCCCUCUGCCUGUGAUACAAUUAACAAACACAAUGGGCUAACUUAUUACUCACAGGCAGAAAACACCCCAAAACACCACAUAUCCCCACAAAUUAUAAAUUCCUGGAUAGCGCUGAUCUGGGUGAACAACAAAUCCAAAAAUCACCCAGAUCAGAGCAGGGGUUAAAAAGUUUUAUGGAAGUCACAUUUCACUGACUGAAAGCAUGGCUUUCAUGCCCAAAACAGUUCCACAGAUCUAGGCUGUGCGGCCGGUCUAUCUUCUCCUACUCAAUUAUCUGCCAUUUAGGAGUUAAAUCACUUUGUUUACCUAGUAAACACUUCCUGUAAAGAGUCAUCUAAUGUUUAUACUUCCUUUUAUUGCAAAUUCUGUUUAGCAAUUUUUAUCUCCAGAUAAAAAACUUUUAAAGUACGGUAAGUUAAAUCUGAUUAAAGUUUAAACUAUUUAGUUCUCAUACAGGCUAUAUGAGUCACAGCGGGGAGGUGUGGCUAGUGCUGCAUAAAUAGAAACAAAAGUGAUUUAACUCCUAAAUGUCAGAGAAUUAAGCAGUGAGACUGCAGGGACAUUUGUCAAUUGUAUUUGUUUCUCUGCCAUAGAAUACCUUAACAGUGCCAAUGAUACUAACUCUUUAACCUGUUUCACUGUUCGUGUGGUCUGUAAUGAGUACAUGUAGCAACAUCUGAAUUUUUUUCCCUCUAACUAUUUUCAUUUUGGUUUUAUGGUUUAUUAGUUGUUCUGCAGUUUUCUGUAAGUUACUGCUGAAGUAUCAGUGCACACGCUACUUGGUGCAUGUGGGGUAUUAUUGUCAUUUAAUAUUUGCACUUAAUGCUGUAAUUAUUUGUAAAGCGCCAACAAAUUCUGCAGCGCUGUACAAUGGGUGGAUGAACAGACAAAUAUUUGUAACAAGUCGACUUUACGGACAGGAAUCGAGGGUGUUGAGGGUCCUGCUUAAACAAGCUUACAUUCUAGAGGGAGUGGGGUGACGUGACACAAGAGGUAAGGGUAGGAUAUAUUCCAAGCAUGGGAAAAGUAAGCUGCUAGAAUAAAUUACAAUGAAGGGCUAUUUUUUUUUUUUUUUUUUUUUUAAGAUAGUUGCAGAAGAAGCAAAAGGUGGGUUACCAGGGAAGGAAAGCUGUUAACAGUUAAAUUUAUAUGCUUUCCUGAAGAAGUGAAUAUUCAAUUAACUUUUUUGAAGUCGGAGACUCUGUUAGAGUCUAACUGAGCAGGGAAGGGCGUUCCAGAGGAUUAGUGCAGCUCUGGACAAGUCUUGAAGGUAAGCGUCAGAGAUGUGAGUAUGAACAGAGGAUAGAUGCAGGUCCUCUACACUGCGUAGGGGCUUCGGACGUGGACAUAUUUGUGAACUAGGUAGGAUAGGUAGGAGCAGUGUUAUGUAGACAUUUGUAAGUAAGAACCAGAAUUUUAAAUUGAGACGUUUAUCUUACAAUGCCUGUGAACACUGAUCUCACAUACAAUUGUACACACACUAUCCGCUAAUACCCAUUAUGUAAUGAAAAAAAUAUAGAGAAAACUAAUUGAGUAAUAUUUUUCCUUAGUCAAACAUUUGAUUAUGGCGAUAAACAAAGCUCCAAUGCAGUUCUACUUGUCUUGCCUUGAUUCUUCCAAUCAGCUAUCACUCGAAAUUGCUAAUGGGGGGAAAAAAGCCUUUAUUAUUAUUAUUAUUAUUAUUAUUAUUAUUAUUAUUAUUAUUAUUAUUAUUAUACGCAUGGGUGAGAGUUGACGUGACUUAAAAUAACAUCCUAUGCCAGUAACUAAAGAUAGGGAUCUCAGAGAGGAAGGGCUUCAUGUAAGCAUAUUUUACCUUUUUCCCUACUGGUCCAUGAUGCAAAUCAGCUUGACAGUGCUACUUUAAGCUAUACUAUGAUAUGUAAAUGUAUUGAUUAUUCAUAAAAGACAAGAAAAAGUGUUAAUAGAUGACAAUUUUAGCUACAUAUCCUGUAUAUUGUAAGGGAUUUUUUUUAUUUUUUUAUUUCCCACCCACUUUUGUUUUUCAGUAUUAGUGGCACUUUAUGAAGAGCCAGAAAAGCCAAACAAUGCAUUGGAGUAUCCUUUCUUUAUUUGUAAUUGUUUGUAAUUUGCAUAAAUUAAGCAACAAUGGAAUUUGUUCACUUUUUCCUUUUGCUUUGGGAAAAGGAAAUCUGUAAGUUUGUUGAUAGAUUUGUAUCCUGCCCAGAUCUUCCGAUGGCAGAGUUGGAUGCACUUAACUUUUAUAUGCAGCUUCCUAAAACAACACAUGGGUGCUGCAGGUCCUGAAUCGCCUGAUGUUGAGGCCCUCCGCUUGGAGGUAGCAGAAUUGAAGCAGAAAUAUGAAGCUGUGUUAGAAGAGAACAAAACACUUAAAGCAAAGGUUAGUUUUGGAAUAUUAUGAUUGUGGUUUUUCUGAAUAGGUUUGUGUGUUUGCCCUUGAUGAGCAGGGGAACUAAUUCGUUUGGAGGUAGAUCUCAAUGAAAAACACUUCAGUUUCAGAAUGCUAAAAAAAUAAAAUUGAAAACCAUUUUUUCACUAGUGUUUGUUCAUUGCAAAAAAAAAAUUUCUUUCUCAGGCCCACAAUUUAAUAGUUAAGAAUAUUUUAGUUCUGUUUGGAAACUUGCUAUAUAUGUAUUCUCUCUGAUCCUACAGCUUGCACAGCAUGAGCCACCUGCAGAGGAGAAGCGUCCAGAAUAAGGAUAAAUCUGAGGCCGUAUCGAAAAAGUUCAUUGCACUGGAAAAAUACAUAUUUAUCUAAGCUAUUAUUAUGUUAAUUAAGUGGCACAAAUGGUGUUAGGUUUCCACAUUUAUUUUGUACUUCCUGUUAUCAAUAAACUAUUUUGGGACAAGUGAA